ACCCAGCGGUGGCGGGAAACGUGGGAAUGGCAGAGCUGCUGGACUCGGAUGCGGGCAGCGAUGUGGAGGUGGUGCUCACGCCGGCUCAGCUCAUCUGCAGUUUGGAGGAGGCUUGGAUGAAUGAGAAAUUUGCCCCGGAGCUUCUAGAAAGUAAGACGGAAAUUGUUGAAUGCGUCAUGGAGCAGCUGGAACACAUGGAAGACAAUUUGAAACGAGCCAAACAAGGGGACCUAAAAAUUAGUAUUCACCGCAUGGAAGUAGAAAGGAUCCGUUAUGUUCUCAGCAGUUACUUGCGUUGCCGACUCCAGAAGAUUGAGAAAUAUUUCCCUCAUGUCCUGGAGAAAGAAAAGACUCGGUCAGAAGGAGAACCUUCCAUCUUGUCCCCAGAAGAGUUUGCCUUUGCCAAAGAGUACAUGGCAAACACAGAGAACCAUCUCAAAAACGUUGCACUGAGACAUAUGCCUCCAAACCUUCAGAAAGUGGAAUUCCUCAAGGCUGUUCCCAAGCCCAACCUGGAUGCCUUCGUCUUCUUGAGAGUAAAGGAGAGACAAGAAAAUAUCAUGGUGGAACCAGAAUACGAAGACAGAGACUAUGUGAUUGACUUGGAUGAAAACUCCCAACAUUUAAUCCGCUACAAGACAAUUGCUCCCUUGGUGGCCUCUGGGGCAGUUCAGCUCAUUUAGACCGGAUGGAUUUCUUUGCCGAGAUGAUAAUCCUAAGACUGAGCUGCGUGCCGUGGGGAACCAAUGUGUGAUAAUUAACCUUGGGAAUUUAAUUCAACGGGUUUGAUUCCAGCAUCGGAUGCCCGAACUGGCUGUUGAAGCAAGGGUGUGCAAUUCCAUCCCUGAGAAAUAGGGUCCUAUACACAUCAAAGAAGAGGAAGGUGUUGGCAUUGGAGAAAAGAUUUGGAAAGUGGAACGGUCCAGCUCAGCAACUUAAGGACAUAUCAUUCAUUACCUGUCCAGCAGGUGGCAGUAGGGCCAGGUUCAAGCAAUGGAAUUAAAAUAUGAAUUUGUAUAGCAAAGUGUGGGUAACUUUUUUUUAAUCUAAGACAGAGGUCUCCUAACUUGGCAACUUUAAGACUUGUGGACUUCAACUCCCAGAAUCCCUCUGGCUGAGGAAUUCUGGGAGUUGGAGUCCACAAGUCUUAAAGUUGCCAAGUUUGGGGACCCCUGAUCUAGGAGAAUUUUUUUUUUCCCCAAUCACCCAGAGCUUCAGGGCAGGGCAGGAAGGUGUUCUGACCCAAAUCUUGUUCCAAGUAAACAAACACCAAAGAGAGAUAAAAGCAAAACCUUUUAAGGCUUCUCUGCAAAUCUUCCCAACCUCAUAACCGCCUUUUCCCAUAGAGCUGGGUUUUUACAUUAUAGAUGAAAAUAGGAUAAUUUGAGCUUGGUCGUUUUGUAUCCCAAGAACUCUGGGUUGAAUGAAUGAAGGAGUAUUUUAUUGGCCAAGUGUGAUUUGACACACAAGGAAUUUGUCUUGGUGCAUAUGUUGCCAGU